AAUAUUUGUGUCAGUGAAAUGAAAAGUUGGACUCCGAUGGGAGAUGUACUUCGCUACCCAAUUAUUUCGUUGACUUUAGGGGGAUGUUUUUACGUGCUCAAGAAUAGCAAAGAAACAUGGCUGCGGUUUCAAGAGAGCAGACGACAUAGGGUCAUCAUCGUUUGUGUAUCCGUUGUAGCGGCCAUCAUUCAGUUGACCAGCGUCUUAAGAUGUAUCGCUUUUCUGGUUUACUUCGCGCCCAAUUUCAACAAUUUAGUCUCGUACUUCAUGCAGGCCUAUCUUUAUAUUUUGUACGGGUCUGUAGUGUAUGUCUUUGAGUCAGUUAUGUGCCAUCUGUACUAUAACCCUGUGAUGGAAGAACUGAAGAAAUAUGAAGAAGAGUACGGUUUUUGUAAUGGACUGGUGUGUCUGAAGAAACAGUCUCUAAUUUUUACUUGGUUGCUGAAGGUCUGCAUUACAAUUAAUGUGAGUGUUUACUUUGUUGGCUCUUAUUUAGAAGAUGACGUCUACUUAAGUUUUCCUUUCGAUGGAGCCAAUAUCAUGCUGGUGUGUCUCAUUGGAUUCUGUAAUGCCAUGGUGUUGUUGCCGAUUUCAUCUUUUAUGAUUCUGUACAGCGCUCUGAUUAAAAUUGUGAUCGCAGAAUUUUACGACACCAGCUCGGAGAUGAAGAGAGUCAUGUUGCUUGUUGCACAGCCGGAUGAAAUGGAGCAAAAUUUCAGAAAAGUUAGGUCACGUCAUCAGAGUCUGUGCCUUAUUGUCACCAAAUUGAGUCAACUGACUCGUCUUAAUGGCAGCGUCGGCCUUCUCUUCAAUGUGGCCAUCAUGUUCUUUGCUCUGUAUGCCCUGGGCAGUGAACAACUCAGCCGAAUGUACGUCUUGUUGGAGAUCCUUGGAAUUGCUUGGACACUGCUUUCCAUCCUAAGCAUCUGCAUCAUUUGGGGACGACUUCCUAGUGCGGCUCAUUCCAUUGUUGACUCUAUCGGAUUGUCUUCUGCUUCUGGCAUUUCUCAGGAUCUGAUGCAACAGCUUCAACUUUUUGUUGUCUGCUGCUCCAGUAAAAGGAUCGGUAUCGACUUGUUUGGUCUGUUCACACUGGACUCCCAUACUUUUCUGAUGGUGAUUGGAACUAUUGUUACAUAUGGAAUAGUUGUGAUCCAGUUUCAACACGACAAGUCUAGAUCUCCGUUGAAUGUCAGCUCCACCACUGUGUUCUAGAUCUCCGUUGAAUGUCAGCUCCACCACUGUGUUCUAGAUCUCCGUUGAAUGUCAGCUCCACCACUGUGUUCUAGAUCUCCGUUGAAUGUCAGCUCCACCACUGUGUUCUAGAUCUCCGUUGAAUGUCAGCUCCACCACUGUGUUCUAGAUCUCCGUUGAAUGUCCGCUCCACCACUGUGUUCUAGAUCUCCGUUGAAUGUCAGCUCCACCACUGUGUUCUAGACGAUGUCUUUAAGUAGUUCACACCCAGUUCACACAAUCUCCUCAGAGACCAGACUUGGAGACAUGUUUUGUAGAAUACGACAAAUAUCUUGAUUUGGAAGAAACGUUUCAGUUUGAGAAAUGAAACACAAAAAGGAAUGCAAUCAUAUAUUUGUUUCCAUAAAUGUAGAACCGAAAUUCAUCCAAAUUUAUCUAAUUGAUUUUUUGUUUUCUUGUAUGUU